AUGCAAAGUUUACGUCAUGCAGUUCAUCGUAUUUCACAUCCACAACUGCCAUUAUCACGUACAUCGUUACAUUCAGAAAAGCAACUGAAUUCUAAAAUAUCGACUAGUUUAACUAUGAAAGAUGAAGAUACAACAUCACUAAAAGUACCCAGUAUGCAAAGUGGGCCGAAUAAUUAUAUUCAUCAAUGUGAAACAUUGAAUUACUUUUUUCAUAGCACAAUGACCAAACUCUAUCAUCAUGAUCAACAACAAACAAAAUUUGCUCAACAUUCAUUAUUAUUAAUCGAAUCCGAAAUGCCAAGUUUUUAUCCCUCAACAGGACAUCGUACAUUUAUUAGUAAACAUCUUACAAAUCCUGAUGAUGAUUCUGAUUCAAUUUAUAAAGAAGCAUUUAUUGUCGAAAUAUUUCAACAUUGGAAAGCUAAAGCAUUAGAACAUCAACAUACAAUAAACAAUCCUGAAAAUAUUACAACAUCUAAUAAUUUUCCUCAAACAUAUGACAAUAAAAUUUCUUACGUAGAAACAUCAAAUAUUGAAACAGUAUCCAAUGAAAUAACAUCAAAUAAUAAUAAAAAUGAAUUAUCAAAUAUUAAUGAACCACAAAUAUCAACGAUAGCAAUUAAAAAACGAACAACACCAUUACCAACAUCAAAUACACGUCGAAAAGCUUUGGAAAGAAAAAUUAUAACAACAUCAGCUGAAUCUUCAAAUCCAAAUCUGCUUGCACCUUAUACGAAAAAUAAAUAUGGAACAGCAACAGUAACAACAAUUGCUGCAAAAAAAUCUCCUAAGUCAACAACUAUAUUUAUAGAACCGAAAAAAACUCAACCAUCACCUCCACAACGUCCAUAUUCGAUUUUUUCAUUUGACGAAUCUGCUCAAAUGAAACGUAAAACUACGUUAGAAAAACCAAAUGUAACUGAUGAUGAUCAAAGUCCAACAUCAAUUUCUCCAACUUGGGCACCACCUUCACAUAUGACAUCUACACGUUCCUAUCUUCAUUCACAAAAUAGUUUACAUUAUGAUGAUGAAACAUCAAGUGAUGAAAGUAGUUUUGAAAGUUUAUUAAUACGAAAUAAAAAAAAUAUUAAAAAAACAACUAAUAGUCAAGAAAAAUAUUCAUUAUCUAAUAUUUCCAAUCUAAUCAUACCAACAGCUAUUUAUAUAACUGAUCCAAAUGGAAAUUCGCGAACAUUCGAUUGGAAUGAUGAUUCUAUGGAAGAAUAUUUUCAUAGUGGACGAAUUAUUGAUAAAGAUUCAAUUCCAAUGAAUACAAAUUUCUCAUAUGUGAAUAACAUGCCGGCUUAUUCUUCAUCAUCUACAAUUACUAAAGUUUCAUCAACAGAAGAAAUUAUUCUUGAUAAACAUGCCUUACAUAGUAUUGGUGAAGAAGAAGAAGAAGAAGCAAUAUAUCAAUAUUAUUAUGAUGGUAAGAUUUUAUCAAAAGAAAUUGAACGUAUGGAAGCAUAUACACGUGUAAGAAAAACAAAGUCAAAUGUACAGACAAAUGAUACAAAUCGAAAUCAACAAAAAAAUGAUCAAGUACCAUUAGUAAGACGAUGGAGUGAUGGUUUUGUUAGUGAUGAUGAUGAUGAAUAUAUACGAUCACCACAACGUUCAGUUGUAAAAGCGCCAAGUGCAACAUCUAUUGCGAAACCACCAAUAAGUCCACCUGUUAAAUUAUCAAAAACGAAAUAUCUUCUUAUGAAAUUACAUUUAACAUCAUCAUCACAAAAAAAUGAGAAUUCGAAUACACUUGUAACAACGACAACAAAUCUGCCACCACGAAAACGUACUGUACAUUCUCGUGCAAAUCUUGAAAUACGACAAUCAUCUAUAGAUGAAUCAAAACAAUCAUCUAAUAUCAGUCGUCAUAAUUCAUCAAAUACAUUUGUUUCAACAAAUACAAUUGAAUCACAACCAAUACAAAGAAUUUCAAAUGUAUCAGAUAGCAUAACAAUAGCAAACAAUGAAAAUGAUUCUCAAAAUAAUCGUGAAAAUAAACCUGAAAAUGUUAGAAAUCAUACAUCAGCUACUAAUAGUGAAAAUGUUGAUGAUACAACUGAAACAGUUCAAUUGAGUUCGCAAUCAAGUCUAAAUAGUGCAUGGGGUGAAAUGAGAUUUCAUCAUGAUUAUGAUAUAUCUGGCACAAUUGAAUUAAAACUUUCUUAUAAUAUCAAUACAGGUUCAUUAGAUAUUUAUAUUACAAAAUGUACUGAUUUAGCUCGUGUUAAACGAAAUCAAACAUCAAAUCCAUAUUGUAAAAUUUAUUUAUUACCUGAUAAAUCUAAAGCUAGUAAGCGUAAAACAACUGUUAAAAAAGAUACAAUAAAACCAGUAUAUAACGAAGCAUUUCGUUAUCAUGUAAAUGCAGAAGAUUUUAAUUCACGUACUUUAUGGGUCUCAAUGUGGAGUCAAACAUCAGUAGGACAUAAUGAUUUUCUUGGUGAAAUACAUAUUCCAUUAGUCAACUGCAUAUUAGAUAAAUUCGAAUUAAUACCAGAUAUUGAACCCACGGCAGAUUCUAAUGAAUUACAUUUUGAUUUGACUUUUUCUGCAAAUUUAAUAAAUAAAGAAUUAGGAACUAUACAAGUUAAUUCUAUUCAAGGUAAAACAAUUUAUCAUGGGAAACAUAAUUUUGAUAUUAUAUGCAAAGGUGUAUUAAUGCCUGAUAAAAUCAAACGAAAAUUAGUAAUAACACGUAAAGGACCAUCACCGAAAUGGGAUAUUCCAUUACGAUGGGAAAAUAUACCACGUAGUAAUUUAAAAAAUAUAUCUAUUGAAAUAAGUUUAUGGCGUCAAGAACGUUUUCGAAAAACAAUGAUUAGUUUUAUUAGACUUAAUUCAUCCCAAGGAAAUUUUGAUAAUAAAUUACUUAAAUCUUUAGAUACAACAGAAGAAGAAAAAUCUGCUUGGGAAUUAUUUUUACAACAACCAACAAGUAUACAUCAUAUUAGACUUCCAUUACGAUCGGCAACUAAUGAACAUAAAUAA